ACAGGAAGCAAGAAGGAUCCGAAAUUAGGGCGGAGUUUUGAGGAAGAAACAUCGGGUCAGGCACUUGACCGAAACCAACAACGUGUCAAGUGACGGAGCCCUGUCGCUCCUAGGGCCACGGCGGCUGAUAAAACUGUUCCAACUUCCAACGACGCUAAAUUAACCAAAACUCUCUCUCUCAAGACGCAGAGCAGACAUGGGAAAAUCUGAAAAAACUGAAAGAGCUAAAGAAAGAAGAGAAAAGAGACGCCAGGAAAUCUCCCUCCUCAGAACCAUUCCUUAUUCCGAUCACCAGCGGUGGUGGUCUGCAGAGACUGUUGCGGUGGUGACUGGGGGUAACAGGGGGAUUGGAUUUGAGAUUUCGAAGCAGCUUGCGGCACAUGGAGUUACUGUUAUACUCACAUCCAGAGACCACAGUGUGGGGCUUGAAGCGGCUAAGGUCUUCCAAGAAGGUGGUCUCAAUGUGUUUUGCCAUCAGCUCGAUGUGCUAGACACGGCGUCCAUCACUGAGUUUUGUGACUGGUUGAAAGAAAACUACGGUGGGUUGGAUAUUCUGAUAAACAAUGCAGCUGUUAAUUUCAAUCAGGGUUCUGAUAAUACUGUUGAGUAUGCCUCUCAGGUUAUUACAACAAAUUAUUAUGGCACCAAAAACAUGAUUCAAGCAAUAAUCCCCUUGAUGAAACCUUCAGCUGCUGGAGCUCGUAUUGUUAAUGUGAGCUCAAGAUUGGGUAGAAUAAAUGGCAAGCGGAAUAAAAUUGAUGAUGUGAUUUUGAGAGAGAAAUUUAGCAAUUUGGACACAGUCACUGAGGAACUGAUUGAUCAAACAGUUUCCAGUUUCCUACAACAAGUACAAGAUGGCACUUGGGAAUCAGGUGGGUGGCCUAAAACAUUCACUGACUACUCAGUAUCAAAACUUGCAGUGAACACUUACACCAGGCUGGUGGCAAAGAUGCUAUCUGACAGACCAGAAGGCCAGAAAAUUUAUAUCAACUGUUACUGCCCAGGUUGGGUGAAGACUGCUAUGACAGGUUAUGCUGGGAAUAUAUCAGCCGAAGAAGGAGCUGACACUGCAGUUUGGCUUGCCUUGCUUCCGGACCUGGCAAUAACGGGGAAGUUUUUUGCUGAAAGACGUGAGAUAAGCUUCUAAGGUAGUCUGUCUAAAGACUGACAGUUUGCGCAACAGUUAAAUUGCUUCAUUACAGACUUCAUAUCCACUAAAGCUAUAAUGACGGUGCAAAUUCUAUUGUAAUCGACGUUUCUGAACUGCAACUGCAAUAUGCCGUGAGGGAAUACUUGAAGAAGGGAGCCGGCAACAUACGGUAGGGAUGUAGGCAGAUAGGAUGGAUUUUACAACGAAUUUGAUGUCAACAAGGGUACGCCACGUGCUUCUGUAUCAUCGCAAAGCUGAGAUUUUUAAAGCACUCUUUGUUCUCAAUCUUGUCUAGUUAUUGGGAUUAAGACUAGAUUAAGUUGGGUAGUGACUGUUAUGCUAAAUGUUUCUUUUAUUUACCUAUCAAUGCAAGUGAUUUUCGUAGUGUCA